AUGUCCGCCACUCGGGACACGUUGUACUUGUUCGCACUCAACAGCAUCCCGGGUUCUUUGGGGAUCACGACAUCGCCUAAUUUGUACAAGGGCUUCUUCAAGUCCAAUGUCUUCCUGGAAAGACCCGUGACGGGUCGUGUGAAUUUGCACCACACUCUGACGUCGUCCAUCGUUGAGGAAGAUAAUCCUCUCACAUUUUCCGAUCCCUCGUUAAGCCCGCUUCGUUUGGGCCCGUACUCCAGUCUUUCCAUCAAGAAGUGCUGCAGAAUCGGACGAGUGGUUGAGGUGGUCGAGUUGAUCAAGGACCUGGCACAAAUCGUCAAAUCCGAAUUGGAAAGCUGGUCCUUGUCUGCCAAGUCCAGACCAUUGGUCCUGGAGCAACUCCACCCAGGACAGCAAGUAAAGGUUCUCUUCCUUCCCACUUGUCCUGCAUGUAAACGAUCUCGGCUUCCGACGAGGGACAAUUGCAGAAGAGCAUAUACGAGGCCGACGUCGCGAUCCGGCGGCAACCAGCUGGCGGAGACGGAUCUGAAGUCGGAUCUCUCGGGUCCACUGGCCGCCGCGCUAUUGAGUUGCUCGUUGCACGACAGCAACACUUGCCGUCGAUCCGACGACUCGGGCAGGAAAUUCCCGGGCCACACCUCGUCGGUGUUGCGCACCGUGGAACCCGUCGCCGUGAUGACGUACGCUUCGAACGGGUUGUCCGACGACACCAUUUUCGGCAAACGAAAAUUUCUUGAUAAAGCUCCUCGAAUGUCCUCUUUCCCUCUUUUCGCCUCAGGGUCUGGGUCAGUGUCUUAUUGUCCCGGUCAGACGAAGAUGGCAUCUGUCACAACUUACGAGACUAAUGGCACAGCUUUGGACCGGUUUCAAAUUAUUCGCCUCAAGCAGGGUAUCGUGUCAAAAUAUUCGGCUGAUGCUCAUCAGUUGUGUGACGCAUCGUCGUUUUCAGGAGCGCUCAGUUGCGUGACGCUGACUCGUCGUGACGAUCAAUUGGUCGGCGAUCAGUUGGGCUUUUUCCCUCACUUUGACCAUAUCCACACAAGGGGACCAAGAAACCGUUCGAGAUGCGUGUACGCAGCAAAAAUCGUCGCUAUUGGAGUGACGCGUGGCCAGCAGCGAAAAAGCAGGAGCUCUGAAGAAAAGGCGAUAAGGCGUCCGUCUUCCGAAGGGAAAUUGCAUCACAUAAACGCGCAGGACGCCCUUCCCGCCCAUUUUCGAUUGCCGGAUGUCCAUUUCUUUUCGGACGUUCAUUUGGUCCGUGCUCACGAGGCCAUAGCGCCCAGUUUGUGUGGCGCUCAGUUGACCCAGGACAUUUGCUUGUGUUGCGAGGCAGCCACCCUGGACGACGCCCAAACGCAUUCCAGCGUUGUUUUGCUGAGCAGAAGCUGCAGUAAGAGACCGCUGCCACUGUUUGUUGGCUGCGGGCCUUGGGUCCUGGGCUGCUUUAUGCUGUGGGUCCUAGCUGUUAGGGAAGUGUACCGGGGCCCCGCAGGUUGGAUGCUGAGACAACUCGGCCAGCAGCAACACGCUUUGCGGAAACGGGCCAGUUUCCGGCUUCCGGUCGAACGCGGCAAGACAGAAAGCUUCCGUCGAUCGGCAAACGGCUACUCGUUCCCCACGGCCCUGGCAAGAACCAGCGACAGUGUCGGCGAUGUCGACGAGGACCACGGCGGAAGUGAAGAAGACUUCUACUCGCCGGUGUGGCGAAGUGCGUCAUCUCGCCGUCGCAGUCGCAACUGGCGCUCCGAGGACCCGAACCGCGUGGGUCUGCCUUCCGUGCCCGACGAAUGGGCCGCCAGGUUCCUCGGACGCCCGUAUCAAGCAUGGGAGCCGAAAAACGUUUUCAAAUCCGCCAAAAAGCGCAGUGAUCCGUUCAGCUCCGAGAAACGACACCUGGGUUCCGUGAUGAAAGACAUUGGGUUCCACGGGCUACCGUGGAUCUACUUUCCUCACCAGGCCCAUCACGACAAGAAGAAGCGGUUCUUGUCCGCAGUCACGUUCCCGUAUCGUCACCUGGCCGAAGAAGACAGCGACACCGAGGACUUUGAGCCGAUGACCCAGUCCGGGGAAGAGGAUAACGAAUACCCGACUGACAAACGGCACAUUGGGUCAGCAAUUGCUUCGGGAUACGUCAAGGCCAUUGGGAAACGGUCUGACGACGACUCGGAUGUCGGGGAUUACGACGGGAUUUUGCCUCAGGACAUUGCUGACGACGAUGACGUUGAGGAGGAUGAUUUGGAUGAUGAUCUCGCAAUGAGCCGGAGGAAACGUCACAUCGGAUCCAUCGCCAGAGUGGGUUUCACGCCGUUGCUGGCGGCGUUCGGCGGACAGCCGAACCAGCUGCACCAGCAACUACUGAGUCAAUACCGGGGGCGGACGGCGUCCUCCGAAGAGGACCCCGAGCGGCGGCGGUUGCGUGGACGGACCUUGGAAGACGCCCUGAGAGCCAUGUCGGCCAGUGGCCCGCCUGCGGAAGACGCCCUGGUAUCAGAAGAGGACGUGCUGGGUGAAGAGGACGAGAAGCAGAAGGCUGAGAAGGUCAACAAGGUCCUCAAGCGCGUGCUGAGUCUUGUGCAAACGUGGGUCAAGUCAAUGGGCAAGAAAUACAUCGCAUCCGGGGCCGACAACAACGAAGCCGCCAGCAGCAGCAUCAGCAGCAACCCCCAGACAGAACCCGACCGGGCCCGAGAUCUGGACGAAGACCCGGGUCUGAUCCCUCGCACGGACAUCCCAAUCAGGACCCCCUCCCCAGAAGACACUUCCGGGGUGGCAAAUCUCAACAGGGCACGAGCAGCAGAGACCAAACGCUACUUGGUCAUCCCAACGCGUAAUCGGGUCGUGUUCUCGUCCUUUGGCGGCCCAGUCCGCAUUCCGAGAUGGUGAAGAAAUCCGGGAGAAAAUACCACACACACAAGAAUGAGAGAAAAAAAAAAAAAUCGUCCUGAUCGAUGCUUGAACAACGCCGAAACGUAUGCUUUUGCUCGUAGAUAAGAUUAUCAAAAGAUACAGGAAUUAUUUAACCUCCCUUUAAACAAACCACAGAAAAGAGAAAAAAGAAACUGCAUCCGAUUUUGGGCCAGGUGGACGCGAACAUUUUUUUGUCUUCUCUCGCUGACCAGCAUUCUCAAGUCUCUGAUCAUCGGCCGGCAAUUUUUGACCGGUCAAUAAUAUUCGCUUCACGCUAGCGCAAAAAUAUGCCAAAAAUAGUCAUGCAUACCAUUUCUCCUUGCAAGACAAAAACAAAAACAAUGAUUGCCAUCGAAAAGUAUGCUUAGACUACGUGGAUUUUGUUUAUGGUUCGAACGGCGUGAAGUUUGGAAUGCGACAAUUUCGCUGAUGCAGCGUGGAAGUGGUGCAAAUCAGCGAAACGUGUUUUAGAAAUUAGUUGACAUUCGAUGAGCUUUGUUCUUCCUGCUGUCGGCCUGACGGAAAAGAGAGCAAGAAAUCGAAAUAUACGGGACAUCCGUUCGCCUGAAA